GGGUUCGGCGACGCGGAGGUAGUGAGACUCUGGGCCGCGCGGCAGCCGAAGGGGCGCCCCGGCCGCCGCGGAGACGAUGGCGGAGGAAGAAGGACCAACUGUAGAACUGCGCCAAAGAAAAAAACCAAAGUCUUCAGAAAAUACGGAAUCUGCCAAAGAAGAGAAAAUCAAAGACACUCCAGUUCCUGAAAGAGCUCCAAAAUAUGUAUUAUUUCAACGCUUUGCAAAGUUUUUCAUUGGCUGUCUUGCAGCAGCUACUAGUGGUAUGAUGUAUGCUCUGUACUUAUCAGCAUACCAUGAACGGAAAUUCUGGUUUUCCAGCAGGCAGGAACUUGAACGGGAAAUCACCUUUCAGGGUGACAGUGCUAUCUAUUACUCCUAUUAUAAAGAUAUGUUAAAGGCACCUUCAUUUGAACGAGGUGUUUAUGAACUGACACACAAUAACAGAACUGUAUCUCUGAAGACUAUAAAUGCAGUGCAGCAAAUGUCUCUAUAUCCAGAGCUUAUCGCCAGUGUUUUAUAUCAAGCAACUGGUAGCAACGAAAUUAUUGAACCAGUGUAUUUUUACAUUGGCAUUGUUUUUGGAUUGCAAGGAAUUUAUGUGACUGCAUUAUUUGUUACGAGUUGGCUUAUGAGUGGAACAUGGCUAGCAGGAAUGCUUACUGUUGCAUGGUUCAUUAUUAAUAGGGUAGAUACAACAAGAAUCGAUUACUCCAUUCCUUUAAGAGAAAACUGGGCAUUACCCUAUUUUGCAUGUCAAGUUGCUGCACUUACAGGCUAUUUAAAAAGCAAUUUAAAUACUUACACAGAGAGGUUUUGCUACUUAUUGAUGAGUGCUUCCACUUACACUUUUAUGAUGAUGUGGGAAUACAGCCACUAUCUCCUGUUUCUCCAAGCAAUAUCUCUAUUCCUGCUAGAUAGCUUUUCACUGGAGCAAAGUGACAAGGUUCAUGAAGUUUAUAAAAUCUAUAUAUUUUCUCUGUUUCUGGGAUAUUUGCUACAGUUUGAGAAUCCAGCUUUAUUGGUGUCUCCUUUAUUGAGUUUGGUAGCAGCCUUAAUUCUUGUUAAGUGCCUUCAGCUGAAUGUGAAGAAAGGAACUUUUGUAGGUAAAUUGAUGAAAGUGAUUAAUUUUUACUUGGUGUGUACUCUCACAGUGACAUUCAAUAUUAUAAUGAAGAUGUUUGUCCCUCACAAAGAAAAUGGAUACAUGCUGAAAUUCCUUGAAGUAAAAUUUGGGUUAAACAUGACUAAGAAUUUUACAAUGAAUUGGCUGCUUUGUCAAGAAUCCCUGCAGGCACCAUCUCAAGAUUUCUUUUUGCGAUUGACCCAGUCUUCUUUAUUACCUUUCUAUAUUUUAGUGUUAAUUAUUUGUUUUUUUUCUAUGGUGCAAAUUAUUUUUAGAAGAAUUAAUGGGAAGUCAAUGAAAGAAACUGUUUCACUCGAAGAUGGACGAAUUGGAGGAAGGCCAGAAAUAAUUUAUCAUGUAAUUCACACUAUUUUAUUGGGUUCUCUUGCAAUGGUUAUAGAAGGCUUAAAAUACCUCUGGACUCCUUAUGUGUGUAUGUUAGCAGCAUUUGGUGUUUGUUCUCCUGAACUUUGGAUCACCCUUUUCAAGUGGCUUCGACUAAGAACUGUACAUCCAAUAUUGUUGGCUCUUAUUCUGAGCAUGGCUGUGCCUACUAUAAUAGGUUUCAGCUUAUGGAAGGAGUUUUUUCCACGAUUAAUGACAGAAUUAUCGGAACUACAGGAAUUCUAUGACCCAGAUACAGUGGAACUUAUGACCUGGAUAAAAAGGCAAGCUCCAGUCGCAGCUGUGUUUGCAGGGAGCCCCCAGUUAAUGGGUGCGAUUAAAUUAUGCACUGGAUGGAUGGUGACAAGCUUGCCUCUUUACAAUGAUGAUGAUCUUCUCAAAAGGAAUGAAAAUAUUUAUCAAAUCUAUUCAAAGCGAUCUGCUGAGGAUAUUUAUAAAAUACUUACAUCAUACAAAGCUAAUUACUUAAUUGUAGAGGAUGCUAUCUGCAAUGAAGUGGGAACACUGAGAGGCUGUAGAGUUAAAGAUUUAUUAGACAUCGCAAAUGGACAUGUGGUUUGUGAAGAAGGUGACAAGUUGACGUACUCAAAAUACGGGCGAUUUUGUCAUGAGGUCAAAAUUAACUAUUCUCCGUAUGUGAAUUAUUUCACUAGAGUGUACUGGAACAGAUCCUACUUUGUCUAUAAAAUCAACACUGUGAUAUCCUUCCAAUCUUGAAAAGCAGAACCUUAAUUUCAAAGACUAAUACUAUAUGAAGUAAAAUGUGAUUUUCUUCUACUUAAACACAGUUCUUUUGCAGAUCAGAGAAUAGACAUUGGAAAGGUUAUGGCUGCCUUCUCCUAUUGCUGUUAACUGGAUCCAGAGUUCUGUGGGAAAUAAAAGAUCAAAUAUGCUGUUGUUUGAUAAAAUCUCAAGUCUACCACCCUGCAAUAUUCUAGCCAAAUGUCUUCCUUACUGUCACAUCAUCUUUAAAGGUUUAACUUCUAAAACUUUGUGAUUUUUCCCCAUCACACUUUAUUCUAUAAUAUAGAUCUUGAAUUUCAGUAUGUUUAAGGUCAAAGCAUAUACCUCAAACAUUGUAUUUAAUAAAUGCUUAAUGCAAUAUAAUUAUAUGAUAGAAGGAAAGAAUUAUUCUUACCCUCACACUAAUAUUUUAAGG